CAAUUGUGUAGUUAAAAAUCUGGCUGCUGUUAGUGACUUAAAUUUAAAAAAUGGAGAACAGUGAGAUUUUUAAAAAACGGGCCGGAACAACCGACAAAGGCAGAGAUUAUGAGGAUGUGGUUCUCGCCAAUGUUGUACUAAGGCUAUUAAACGACCCCAGAGUAAAAACGUUCCAGAUCUCAUCAAACGAUGAUGAUUUUGGAGCGUUUGAUGAUCUGGUCAUUAAGCUUGCAUCGGAUAAGGAAAACGACAUUCAAGUUAAAGCGGUGCAGUUAAAACACACCGAGAGGAAAGUACUCUCUCUAGAAAAUUUGCGAACCGUAAAAGGAGACUUCAGUAUUCAAAAAUACUAUAAAAGUUACACAGAAAUUGAGGAAGAAAUAGAUGAACUGAUUUUGUUCACAAAUCGCUCGUUUGACCCUCCCGAAAACGCAACCUUCCAACUUGAGGGCGAAGGAUUUUACGUCAAGCUUACUAAAAGAGAAGUUAGCUCAGACAUUUCAGAAAAUGUUAGUCACGUUUAUCAGUUUGAAAUAGUAGAUGAUCAAUCGACAGUGGAGAACAUUCAAAAAUAUCAGGAAUUUUUUCGCAAGUUUUUUCUCUAUACCGACCAAGAAAAUUGUGAUACUCUGGAAAAAAUAACCGCUAACAAAUUCAAGACAACAUAUUGUUCAGAUGACGAAACAUUCGGUAGAUUCCUCAAAACAGUUGCGAAGUGGAACGUCCAAGAUGGGAAGAAAGAAAAGAUUGAUAACAAAUGGGCGCAGCUUGUACUUUCGCUACACCUUCUGUCCUCGCAUACUGAGUUUCUAUCUUUCGGUCCAGUUAAUGACAAAAUGAAAAUUUUCCGGGAAGCGAUUUCCUUCUUUGAUGUCACACUGAUUGAAGACAAAUCGGUCGAAACGGUUAAGCAACUGUGGGGUGAUGUUGGAAAGGAAAAAACUAUUGAUUUUAAGGAAUUAAAUAAAGUUAGAAGGAGAUAUCUACCUACUCUCGCACAUAUUAAAGCCAACGACAUUGGCACCAUAGAUCCCAAAGCCUUUACUCAACUUUUGUGGGUAAUGGACGAAUGUCCAUUAAUUUUACGUGAAUGGGAAAAAAUAAAAAAUAUUAUACAGCUGUGUCCCGACAAAAAAUUCGUUUUGGUUGGCGUAACUAAAGAUGAGGAAUGGGUGAAAAAGCAUUCCGUGUUUCAAAAUUUGUCAGACUUGAGUCUGAAGCCCGAAAUUCGUAAAAAUGUAAUGCAAAAUUUUACCAUUUCGAUUCAGGGAAAGGGCGAACUUGAUCUUGUGACAUCUUUUGGCAGUAAUGAAGAUUUUUUCAAAAAUGUUAGAACUGAUCACCUCGUGGAAAUGCUGAACGGUACAUGUUGUGUAGGAGGAACAAAGGAAAGACUAGCCGAACCUUAUAUAGAACGCUAUAUUUCGCGAAAUGUCCUUGAUAAUACAUAUUUAGAAAAAGUUCACGAAAACACAAUUAUUAUUUUAAAUUCUGCCAAUAAUUUAGACAAAGUUAAAACCAAACUCGAUAAAUGUGAAUUAAUUGACAUUAAUAACUUCUUACUGAAAAAAAAUCAGAAUGGCGAAAAUCUAACAAAUAAUGACUUUAACGUUAAUGAAUCUAACUUUAAUGACAAAAAUUACGUAGGUAACGACAACAAAAAUAAUUUUAGUUUUGAUAAAUCAAGUUUUGCCAACACAGUUUACGUUGGUACAAGGCACUAUAACGAUUCUGAACUUCAACAAAUUUAUAACGAACACAAAAAAACAAAACAAUUUCAUUAUUUUAAAGUUUUGAAUGAUGGAAAUUUAGAAUGGCUAUGUAGCAGAGGUGAUGUUAGUGAUGUAGAGGCUUACAAAUUAACUGACGAACAUCCCACCGAAGAAAAUGCCUUGUGGUCUUCUCGGUUAGAUUAUAACAUCAAUCUUAUAAUUGGAGAUCCGGGAAUGGGUAAAAGUGAGCUAGUGAAAAGCUUAAAAAAUACAUGUUCUCGCGAAUAUUGGACAGUUUUAAUUAAUCCCAAUGAUGCUAAUUUAUUUUUUCGCAAUCACAAUUUCUCUAACACGGAAAAUUCUUCAGAUUUAUUUGUAAAAUUCAUCACAAAUAAAAAAUAUGAGUCGCUCGAAAAACUAGAUCUAAAGUUUUUCGAAAUGUGCAUUAAGAAAAACAACGUAAUUUACGUGUGGGACGCACUUGAUGAAAUCUUAAAUGAUAAAUUAGAUGCCGCUUUAAAUAUAAUUCUCCAUCUUUCAACAAAAGGGUUUCGUCAGUGGGUUACAAGCAGACGUCAUUUAAAAUCAACUCUAGAAAAUAAAUUCAAUUUGUUGUCACUUAGCAUAAAUCAAUUUAACGAACAAGAACAAGAAAAAUAUAUCAGUAAACGUCUAGAAUCUUUUAAUUCAGAAUACAACAUUGACGAAACGCUGGAAAAAAUUAAAUCAUCUUUUGCGAUUGUAGAACACAUAGAUAUACUAGGUAUCCCUCUGCAAAUAUUCAUGCUUACCGAACUGUUCCGUGAAAAUAGCGAAAAAUAUUUGAAUCUAAUGGACAACACAUUCGUUUUAACUGACCUUUACGAAUAUUUUAUUCAGGAAAAAUUUAAUAACUUUUACAAAAACAAAAUGGGAUACGAUUUAGAAAAUCCACAAUUGGAACAUGUAAUCAGUCAAAAAAAACUAAAGGCUACAGAAUAUUACGAAAGUGUGUCCUUUAGAGUAAUAUUUGACGAAAAAAUUAGGCAGCGACUGAAUAUUGAUUACGAAAAAUGUGUACAGAAACUUGUACAAAAUUACGCUUCUCUGGGUCUUGUAAAUGACUUUCAAAAUGAUGUUCCACGUUUUGUGCAUAGUUCCUUCGCUGAAUAUCUAGUUGCUAGGUACUUUUCAGAAGAUAUUAAUCAUUUUAAAGACACAAUUGCGGACUUGUUGUUUGACGCAAGGUAUAAUAACGUUCGAUUCUUUUUUGACAUGCUGUUGGCUAAAAACUCAAAAGCUCACAUUGCCGUAUUGUAUAAACGUUACGAGUUACUUAAAACGUACGACGACGAAAUUUUAAAAAGCAAAGAUAAAGGGGGAAGAAGUGUUUUACAUUUGAUUUCGUCAUGGGGGCAAAGACAUCCGCGUGUAAAAGUAACGCGUGUAGAGAAAAGGUGUAUUGUGAACCAGAGUAGCAAUUUCGAUAAAAAAGCGGAAAUCAAAAUAUACUUUGAAACAAUGACGUAUUUGCAACGAAAGACAGAUUCUAGUGAACGCGAUAUGUUGUUAGAUGCGACUGCGUUGACUUAUGCCCGAAAAAGUGAGAGCCUAGGAGCACAAAUACAAUUAUUACAAACAAAAAAGGAUGAGGUGAGACAAUCUCGCGAUGACAUAAUUAAUGUUAUAUAUUAUUCUGCUUUACUGGGUUACGACGACUUGUGUAAACACUUCACAGUAGAAGAGUUGAAUAAUUUUUGGUGUGAAGUGGAAAUUGUUACUGCAGAAAAUGCUGAAACACCUCUGUGGCUGGUCUGUGAAAAUGGUAAUUUAAAAAUCGUUGAGUAUUUUGUAAGAUCUGGUGUCGACAUCAACUGUGUUAAUAUAUUCGGUGAGACACCACUUUUCAUAGCUUCUUGUAACGGUCACGAAAAAGUUGUCGAAUACUUGGCGACAGUCGGCGCCGAAAUUAAUCGCGCUGAUAAAAACGGUGUGACACCUCUUUACGCAGCUUCUUUUAACGGUCACGAAAAAGUUGUCGAAUACUUGGCGACAGUCGGCGCCGAAAUUAAUCGCGCUAAUCAAAACGGUGUGACACCUCUUUACGCAGCUUCUUUUAACGGUCACGAAAAAGUUGUCGAAUUCUUGGCGACAGUCGGCGCCGAAAUCAAUCGCGCUAGGAAUGACGGUUGGACACCACUUUACGUAGCUUCUGUAAUGGGUCACGAAAAAGUUGUCGAAUACUUGGCGACAGUCGGCGCCGAAAUUAAUCGCGCUAAUAAAAACGGAGUGACACCACUUUUCGCAGCUUCUUUUACCGGUCACGAAAAAGUUGUCGAAUACUUGGCGACAGUCGGCGCCGAAAUUAAUCGCGCUACUGAUGACGGUUGGACACCAAUUCACGCUGCUUCAGAAAACGGUCACGAAAAAGUUGUCGAAUACUUGGUGACAGUCGUUGCCGAAAUCAAUAGUGCUAAUAAAUACGGUUCGACACCACUUUACGUAGCUUCAAAAAACGGUCACGAAAAAGUUGUCGAAUACUUGGCGACAGUCGGUGCUGAAAUCAAUCGCGCUGAUAAUGACGGUUGUACACCACUUUACAUAGCUUCACAAAACGGUCACGAAAAAGUUGUCGAAUACUUGGCGACAGUCGGCGCCGAAAUCAAUCGCGCUGAUAAAAACAGAGUGACACCACUUUUCACAGCGUCUUUUAACGGUCACGAAAAAGUUGUCGAAUACUUGGCGACAGUCGGCGCCGAAAUCAAUCGCGCUGAUAAAAACAGAGUGACACCACUUUUCACAGCGUCUUUUAACGGUCACGAAAAAGUUGUUGAAUACUUGGCGACAGUCGGCGCCGAAAUUAAUCGCGCUAAUAAAAACGGAGUGACACCACUUUUCGCAGCUUCUUUUACCGGUCACGAAAAAGUUGUCGAAUACUUGGCGACAGUCGGCGCCGAAAUUAAUCGCGCUACUGAUGACGGUUGGACACCAAUUCACGCUGCUUCACAAAACGGUCACGAAAAAGUUGUCGAAUUCUUGGCGACAGUCGGCGCCGAAAUCAAUAGCGCUACUAAUGAGGGUUGGACACCACUUCACGCAGCUUCAGAAAACGGUCACGAAAAAGUUGUCGAAUACUUGGUGACAGUCGUUGCCGAAAUCAAUAGUGCUAAUAAAUACGGUUCGACACCACUUUACGUAGCUUCACAAAACAGUCACGAAAAAGUUGUCGAAUACUUGGCGACAGUCGGCGCCGAAAUCAAUCGCGCUGAUAAAAACAGAGUGACACCACUUUUCACAGCGUCUUUUAACGGUCACGAAAAAGUUGUUGAAUACUUGGCGACAGUCGGCGCCGAAAUUAAUCGCGCUAACAAUGACGGUUGGACACCACUUCACGCUGCUUCACAAAACGGUCACGAAAAAGUUGUCGAAUACUUGGCGACAGUCGGCGCCGAAAUCAAUUGCGCUAAUAAAAACGGUGCGACACCAUUUUACGUAGCUUCACAAAACGGUCACGAAAAAGUUGUCGAAUACUUGGCGACAGUCGGCGCCGAAAUUAAUCGCGCUGAUAAAAACGAAGUGACACCACUUUUCACAGCUUCUUUUAACGGUCACGAAAAAGUUGUUGAAUACUUGGCGACAGUCGGCGCCGAAAUUAAUCGCGCUAACAAUGGCGGUUGGACACCACUUCACGCUGCUUCCUCCCACGGUCACGAAAAAGUUGUCGAAUACUUGGCGACAGUCGGCGCCGAAAUCAAUCGCGCUAACUAUUACAUUUACACACCACUUUUGUUAGCUUCUUUUAACGGUCACGAAAAAGUUGUAGAAUGCUUAAGAAGAGCCGGCGCUCAACCGUCCAAAUUGCAGUUUAUUGCGAGGUUUUUAUUUAAUUUAAAUAAUUUUGUAAAGUCUAUAAAUGGUUAUCUUAUCCGGAAACAAUAAUGGGUAUAUGUUUUAUUUUGAAAGCAGAUACCUAUUAAUGUCGCGAAAAUUUUGACAUCGUCAAUUUGCAGCGAAUAUUUUGUCCGUCUUUAACGCAUAACACGCCGAUAAGCUAAGUUUGAAAAUUAUUAAACACUUCAGUUGUCAAAAAUAGUGUAUGCAGAGUCGAAGUGCAUACAAAAUAUUAAUUAAUUAACAGAAACCCAUGCACUUGUAAUAUUAAUUUCUAGUGGAAAUUAUUUUAACAUGUCUGGUUAGAAUUUGAAUAUGGCCUGAGACAGCUCGCCAUACAUCAGUAUGCUUAGUUUUCCACAAAAAAUAACCCACAUUGUAGUUAAAAACAGAAAACUAGGGAGCAUAGCACCAAUUUAAACUUUUGCGACAAAUCAAACGUAUUUUCUACCCGGACAAAUGUAUUCACUCAUUCCAGUAUCCUUGAUUAUAGGUUGCGAUGUUAACUGACAAAUAAAGCGUAAUACCUACUUACUGACAAUUCUUCUAUAUCACUUCAUCACGUUUGCUUAGUCCUCUGUCACGACUGAUUACAAAAUAUUCCCGAAGUUGUAACUCCAAUAAAAAAUUGUAAUCGAUUAUUAUCACCUUUGUAGCGUAUGCAUUUUAAUUGUUGAUUUAAAAAAAAAACAUGGAAUAGUUAUUAAUGUCGCUUACAAACUCCAUGCAUCGUACCGUUUAGUAUUUUCUUCAAAUUAGCUGAAUCGAUUUGUAAGAAAAUUGAAAAGAAGGAAAUGACAAUACCAUAACUAAGAAAUGGAAAUAUUUUUCGGACAUCCUAAAUUACUGGUUGCAAAGAAAUAAUUCAGCUUAUUUAUAUAAUCUACGUUUCUAGGUAUAUUACGAGAUCCAACACAAUGAUUGCGAAAUAACGAAGCAUUCUAACAAAGUUGGAUAUAUUAAUCGGAAUUCUGGAUAAAACUCUUAUAAAUAUCAAAUGGAUAGGAACCGACAAUUCGAUAAACUGACGUAAGAAUUCCAUCUAGCAACGUUCGAAUACAAGACUAAAAUUACCAAAGUGGGACAAUGUUUUCGAGGAUUCUUUAUUAUGUUGACAGACAAAUUAUCGGAAAUUGACAUUUCUCAGAGAGCUUCCACCUCAAAACAGUCAUGUCGUCAUCCUUUGGGAAACCGCCCUGCGAAUUUCUGUUCCUAUAAAAAUUCUAGCUUAAAGGGAUUUUUUUUUUUGAGUGUCAUGCAUGGAAAAGUAUUCCAAAAAUGUAAUACGCCUUGUUUCACGUUAAACAAAACCGAUGACACGAUCUUACGAAGGAAACGUGGUCUCAACGGAGUUCAACAAAUUAUUUAAAAAAAUGAAAUUUCAGCAACAGCUACACAACGUAAUGUUUGGGGCUUGGUCUGGACAGAUUUUCUAAUGAAACGUUGGAAAAGAGCACCACAAUAAUACAUGAUUUUUCUACUGAAAUUUAGCGAUGGCUUCCCAACGUAAUCGUCUUCGAAAAGCAUGAAAAAUAUUAGGGAUUUUUGAAAUUGGCAGAGGAAUAGAAGAAAAACCAAUAGUCAAAAUGCGCCAUCAGUCUAAUCCAGAAGAAAGCCAAAUAUGAAAACAAAAGUGUCCUACGUAUGUCUAAAAAAUAUAUAUCUUAACUUAGCGGUAUACUUAUGUCAAAAAGCAAUUGUUAUUCCCAUUAAUAAUAGUUUGUAAAAAAAACAAAAAUGUGUAUGUAUUAUAUAAAUAUUAACCAAGAGGUGUAUAUUAAAUGUAUAAAAAUUG